CCUACUUGCUGUGGCAACCUCACAUGAAAAAGGAAGCGGCCGAAAGUAGCUUUUUCUUUUUUUUUUUUUCAUUCAGGAGCGUGUGCGCCCCGUUUGUAUCAGCUUUUAUAAUGCAGCCAUGGGGAGAAAAGUAUAAUUGGCAUUAAUUUGUGUGGUGAUCGGUUCUGCAGAGGCCCUGCUCCUUUCAAACGAGCCUGCAGUUUAUUUUGGAGAAGACGACAGGAUGAAGGAAGUGGAUUAUUAUCAGCCGCAGAGCGGUGAAAACCUGGAUGUUGAAGAAAAACCGGCGAUUAAAGCCCUCGGCGUCCAUCAGGAGCAGGAUGCUGAUAUAGACCAAACCGCUGAUGUCCCACAGCUGUGGGUGAUUAAAAAAGAAGUUCCUCCUGAAUGGAGCCAAACUCUGGAACAGCAGGACCCAAAUUUCUUCCACAUAAAGGAAGAACAGGAGGAAAACUGGAGCAAUGAGGAGGAAAAUCAACCUAAUAGUCUUGAGAGGGCGGACACCACAAGGCUCCCAGUCACUGGUGUUCCUGUAAAGACUGAAGAUGAUGAUGAUGAGAAACCUCAGCUGUCAGAGCUGCAUCAGAGCCAAAUUGAAAUAAAAAAACUGGAAGAGCCUCCAAUCAUCAGCUCAGUUAAUCACAUAAAAACAGAAUCAGGUGGAGAGGACUGUGGAGGACCAGAAACAGCCACAGACUCAGAUUCACACAGUGAUUUGAAGCCUAAUACUGAUAAAGAAGCUUCAGACACUUUUGAGGCUGAAGUCAGUAUUGACAGUGACAACAGUGGUGAUGAUGACGAUACUGAUGAUGAUGAUGAAUGGCAGGAACCUUUGUCAGAAUCUGGACCUGAAAAUGAAGACAGUGACAGUGAUUGGAAGGAGUCAGGUGUAAAGACAGCCAAAAAAUCUUUAAGCUGUUCUGAGUGCAGUAAAAAAUUUCUCUGCAGGGAGUCUCUUCAGACACACAUGACAAGUCAUUCAGGAAAAACUUCUUCCAGCCAUUUUCUUAAGAAAAAAUGUGUUAGAGUGAAGCAGAAAGUAGAUUCACAGAUGAGUGUUGACAAAGGAGAGAAACAAUUUGUCUGUGAUGACUGUGGGCACAGAUUUAGACAGCUGUUUACACUUAAAAGACACAUGAGAGUCCACACAGGAGAGAAACCGUUUGGUUGUGAUGUUUGUGGCAAAAGAUUUAAACAACAGUGUAGUCUUAAAACACACAUGAUACGUCACAAAGGAGAGAAAUCAUUUCAUUGUGAUGUUUGUGGUAAAAAAUUUAGUGUAAAGGAUGAUCUCAGACAACACUUGAGACGCCACAAAGGAGAGAAACCAUUUGGCUGUCAGCUUUGUAGCAAUAGAUACAGAGAUCAGGGUAGUCUUAAGAGACAUGUGAUUGUCCACACGGGAGAGACACCAUUUCAUUGUGAUAUUUGUAAUAAAAGAUUUAAUGACAAGAAAGCUCUCAUUAGGCAUGCAAUAAUCCACACAGAAGAUAAACCAUUUGGUUGUCAUGUUUGUGGUAAAAGAUUUAGACAUCAGUGUAACGUUAAAACUCACAUGAGAGUCCACACAGGAGAGGGACCAUUUGGUCGUGAAAUUUGUGGUAAAAAAUUUAAACGGCAGACAAUUAACAAACAUGAAACAGUCCACACUGAAGAGAAACAAUCCAGUCCAAAAAGAUGUGAACAUGAGCUUAAAGCUCAAACAGUAGAAAAACCAUUUAGCUGUGAUGACUGUGGUAAAAGAUUUGGAUAUCACUGUCAUCUUAAAUUACACAUGAGAGUUCACACAGGAGAGAAACCAUUCAAGUGUGAUGACUGUGGUAAAAGUUUUAGUCACAAAUGUCAAGUUCAAUCACACAUGAGAAUUCACACAGGAGAGAAACCAUUUGAUUGUAACAGCUGUGGAAAAAGAUUCAGACAUCAGUCUAGUCUUAAAAUACACAUGCGAGUCCACACAGGAGAGAAACCAUUUGGUUGUGAUAUUUGUGGUAAAAGAUAUAGACAUAAUUCCAGUCUUUAUACACACAUACACACAGUGCACAAAGGAGAGAAAACAUUUGGUUGUGAUAUUUGUGGCCGAAAAUUUAGCCAGAAGAUGAUUCUUAAGAGGCACAUGAAAGUUCAUGCAGAUGUGAAUCCCCUAGGUUGACUGGUCUUGAUGGCUAGCAACAAUGAUAUUUUAUUAUUUGAGAUAUUGCUCAGAAUGUAAUUUCUGAAGGGAUAAAUUGUGAUUGAUUUUUGAAAGUAUUAAAAGUGUUUUUUGUUUUUUUUUAACUAUAUGUUGCUUGAAGAAGAACUACAAACCAGUUGGUGAUGUAUUAUGCACAGGUUUAACAGGGAAAAGCCUGGCUAGUAACAGGAGUACCACUCCACCUCGGGUUCAGUUUAACUCAUUGGUUGAUUACAAGCACACCAUAUCUUUUUGAGGACAAAUGCUUAAUUCAAAGACACACAGCAGGGCAGGCUUUUUCAUAUAAUUAACAGUUAUUUACAUUUCAGUUUUGUUCAGUAAAAAGAAAAGUCACUUGUCAUAACGUUGUCGACUGUGACUACUUAGAACUCUUAUAAUACAGUCAUUUCUUGCUCUUACAAAGUAACAGUGGUGGCUAAAAGGCUAAUGUUGAGGCUUAAAAAUGACAUGACCAGUUGGUGACAUCACAGUGGCUAUGUCUUUUAUAUGCAGUCUAUUGCCCACUUCCAAUCUGGGGACCAGAUAUAGUUUCUAUGUCUGUGAGUCUGCCAAAAUUCUGUGAUUGUUUGGACUUGUUUGCAGAGACAUUACAUUACAAUACACCAGAUACAUGUGUGGUCUCAAGGCAGAUUUCAACUUCAACUAUAAAGUGGCAGUUAUACUCAGAUGUGGAUGCAGACAGCUGGAGCCACCAAGGCCGAGUCCUGCUAUAGUUCUUUGACGUCCGCCUGUAGGGAUAUGAUUUUUGUGGCAUUAUAAUGUUUCUGGAGAUGAGUCAACAUGGUCACAAAAAAUUGGCAGGCACAUAGAUGUCUGCUCAGAGCACUGUUGUGAUGAAAUUCAUGUUGCUCAGUCCCAGACAGACCCUAGCAGAAGCACAGAUGUGUAAACCAGGGUGUGAUUUGCUCUGCUCUAUAUGUCCCUGUGCCCACUAAAUUAUUUUCAUCCCAGGUGGGGAUAAAAUUUUAUCUCUCCUCUGAAUUUCAGUCUACAGCACAAACAACAAUUAAAUCUGAAACUGAAUUUCUUUUUCAGUGUUUGUGAGCCUAUGAGAAGAGGUGACAUGGCAUGACCUCUAAUUUCCUGCUUCUAAAUUCAGAUAAAACUGAAGUUAUUGUACUUGCUCCUACAAACCUUAGAAACAUGGUAUCUAACAAGAUACUUACUCCAGAUGGCAUUACCUUGGCCUCCAUUAACUCUAUGAGUAAUCUUGGAAUCAUUUUGGACCAGGAUAUGUCCUUCAAUUCACAUAUUAAGCAAAUAUGUAGGGCUCCUUUUUUGCAUUUGCACAGUAUUUCUAAAAUUAGAAACAUCCUGUCUAGAGUGAUGCUGAAAAGCUAAUUCAUGCAUUUAUUACUUCUAGGCUAGAUUAUUGUAAUGCAUUACUAUCUGGCUGUCCUGAAAGCUCCGUAAAAAGCCUUCAGCUGAACCAAAAUGCUGCAGCUAGAGUACUGACAGGGACUAGAAAGAGAGCAUAAUUUCUCCCAUAUUGGCUUCUCUU